AUGAGCUGGUACCAGAAAGGACAUCCUGAUAUUGUAGAGGUCAAGUUUCUGAAGCAUAAAACAGCUAUGACUACUACGCCUAGCAAAUCGUAUGUUCAAGUACCCAACUCUUCAUCUCCCAUUCGGGUGCGAUCAUCACCAGACCACGGAAACAUGGAUCCACCUUCUAAGCAAAGCAUUGACAAUGAAAAGCAGAAGCAGUUAGAAAAGAAAAGACAACAGAUUCGUUCUCACAAGGACUAUGGCUUAGUUAGAGCCAGAUUUCAUUACUUGAGUGAAAGUGAUGUAAUGAAGGGUUUUGUUAAGGGUAGAGGUAACUUGCGAGAUAUCACCAAAUGGCUUGAAGAUAACUAUAACAAGGAGGAGUAUAUGAAGCAGAUUGAUAAAGAAAAAUUUGAGAAACAACGCUUAGAUGAAAUAGAGAAGCAGAAGGUUGCAAAGGCAAAAUGGCAAUGGGAGAUUAAACAAGGGGAGGAACAAAGAAGAGCUAUUGAUGUUGAAAAGGAAGCUGAAUCCGGUUUACCAAACGAUGAAGAAGAUGAAUCUCCUAUUAAGAUUAAAGGAAGAGCAAGAUCCAAGAAUCCUAUUGAAGGUUCUCCUACAAAAUCAUUAUCAUCAUCAUCAAGUGGUGUUGGAUCUGGAUCUACUAAAGUGGAGAUUAAGAAACCAAAGUUGUCCAUUUUAGAUAAGUAUACACUGAAACCUAAGCUACAAAUGCUGUUAGACCAUUUCCGUCACCAGCUGGUUGAUGAUCAACCUAUAAAGAAGAGAAAGUUGAUCCGAGCACUGGAUAAUUUUUCCAGUAAUAGUCUGCUGCUGCCUUCGCCCAUAACGACAACAAGAUUACCACUGUUGCAAGAUAAUAUUACAUCCAAGUUUGCUUAUUCUGCUACCAAGUUAAAGAAAACUUCAUUCUCCAUCGAAUCUAAAUUUGCAAGCGCCAAUCAUGAUACUUUAGAUGGAAUGAUUGUCGAUGAUGUUGGAGAGGACGACGUGAUAGUGGCUGAUGAUGAUUUGGAACGGUUAGAAGAGAAAAUUAGAAAUAAUAGAAGGAAUAAGAAAUUGAAGAAUCAAACAAAAAGGAAUAAUUAUUCCGAUGAAGAUGAUGACGAUUUGUUAGAGAAUGAUGAAAUGAGUGACGAUAUGUCUGAAGAAGAUGAUGAAGUAUUUGUUUCUGGUUUAACAUCUAUAGAUGGUCAAAUCUUAGAAUUCUUGAAUGGUGCUUCAGCUAAUGAUAUUGCUGAAAUUGCGAAUAUUCCAAUUAAAGUAGCUGAAUUGCUUCUCGAAAAACGACCUUUUAAUACCAUUUAUGAGGUUCUGGAAGACAACUUUGAACUCCCUUCAGAGUCCACCGAACAACCAACAACUAAAAGACGAUACGUCCGUAAGAAGCUAGGACUUAAAAUUGUGGAAAACACAGAGUUCAGCUUAAAGGGGUAUAAGGCAGUAGAUUCCUUAAUUAAAACUUGUUCAGAUUACGGUAAUUUAAUUAAUUCACAAAUUGAGAAAUGGGGUGUGAAAAUUACCGGGGAAGGGGAACUUGAGAUGACAGACAUAGAACCUUUAAAUGAUAGUGGGACUGCUACUCCUGUGAUCAUUGAUUUAGAUCAAAAACAAGAGGAAGAAGAAGAAGAUGAAGAAGUGGUUAUUACAAAGCCUAAGAAGAAGGGUUUGAAAUAUGUUACAUCCAAACCAGCUUUACUUGCUGAAGAUGUUGAGUUGAAAAACUAUCAACAGGUUGGAAUCAAUUGGUUGAAUUUACUUUACAGAAAUCAAUUAUCUUGUAUUUUGGCAGAUGAAAUGGGAUUAGGGAAAACAUGUCAAGUUAUUUCAUUUAUGGCAUAUUUGAAAGAAGUUGGUGAGAAAAAUGGCCCUCAUAUGGUCGUGGUUCCAGCAUCUACCAUUGAGAAUUGGUUAAGAGAAUUUAAGAAGUUUUGCCCUGAUAUGAAGGUUCAAGCGUACUAUGGUCUGCAAUCAGAAAGAGAAGAGUUGAGGCGAUUUCUACUUUACGAGGCAAAUGAUUACGAGGUUUUAGUCACCACGUAUAAUUUGGCCACUGGUGCUGCACCAGAUUUCAAGUUUUUGAAGAGUCAAAAAUUCAAUAUGAUUGUUUAUGAUGAAGGUCAUAUGUUAAAGAACUCUACAUCUGAAAGAUAUAAUAAACUCAUGAGAUUGAAAGCUAAGUUCAGAUUGCUUUUAACUGGUACACCAUUACAGAAUAACUUGAAAGAAUUGGUUUCAUUAUUGGCAUUUAUGUUACCUGAUUUAUUUAAUGAAAAGAAGGAUGAUUUACAAAGUUUGUUCAAUCAAAAGGCAAGUACGGUGAAUAGUGAUCGUGAUCCUGAAUUCAACCCUUUGUUAUCACAACAAGCCAUCAAUAAGGCCAAAACAAUGAUGACCCCCUUUGUGUUGAGAAGAAAGAAGAAUCAAGUAUUGAAGCACUUGCCAGGGAAGUUCCAUGAAGUAGUUAGUUGUGAAAUGAAUGCUGAUCAAAAAAAAAUCUACGACCAAUAUUUGAAUGAAGGGAGGGCUACAAGGAAGGAAAGAGAUAGACGGAAUCAAUUGAGUGCAAAGGAAGCGGAAGAAGCCCGUCAAGUCCCAAUUCCAAGUACUUCGAAUGUAAUGAUGUCUUUAAGAAAGGCAGCUUUGCACCCAUUAUUAUUCCGAAGACAUUAUGAUGAUACUACAUUGGAAUUAAUGAGUAGAGCCAUUAUAAAUGAACCAGAAUACGCUGAAGCUAAUAAGCAAUAUAUUUUUGAAGAUAUGCAAGUGAUGUCUGAUUAUGAAUUAGCCAGUUUGUGUGGUAAAUUCCCCAAGACAUUAGGUAAGUUUAUGAUUUCCGAUUCCAAGUAUAUGAAUAGUGGGAAAGUUAAACAUUUGACCAAAUUGCUUCAUGAGAUUACCCGUCGGAAGGAGAAGGUAUUAGUAUUUUCACUUUUUACUCAAAUGUUAGAUGUGUUAGAGAAAGUGUUGAGUAUACUUGGAUACAAGUUCUUGCGGUUGGAUGGUCAAACUUCAGUUGAAACUAGACAAGACCUUAUUGAUAAGUUUUAUGAUGAUGAAACCAUUCCAAUUUUCCUUUUAUCUACUAAAGCAGGAGGGUUUGGUAUUAACUUGGUUGCUGCCAAUAACGUUAUUAUUUAUGAUCAAAGUUUUAACCCUCAUGAUGACAAGCAAGCUGAAGAUCGUGCACAUCGUGUGGGACAAAACAACGAAGUUAUAGUGUACAAGUUGAUUAGUAAGAACACUAUUGAAGAGAAUAUCUUACAAUUGGCAGAGAACAAAUUACAAUUAGACCAAAGUCUUCAAAGUGAUGGCCAAGAUAGAGUAUACGAAGAGAAGGCAGCCUCGAUGUUUGAGCUGAUCUUGUUUGCUACUUGA